CAUAUAUAAGUUUGAAAAUAAGAUGAUAUUAAGUAAAUAAAAUGGAAGAAUGGUCUAAGCGAAUUCCAAUGAAAAAGAGGGAUUUAAAAAGAGUAGAAAAGGAGACAGUAAGUCCUGAGAGUCUGGCAGAACUUCUUAGUCACCGCAACUUUAAAUACUGGAUCCGAAGGAUGGGAAUCAGAUACAGAAACAACGUAACUAACCUUCAGAGGAUUCUUAAUGACAACAUCCAAUUUGAGGGACGAAGGCAGACGUUAGAAUUUGCUUUAAAUACACUAUUUUCUCAGACAGAAGAGUUUUUGUCACCAAUAAUAAACAUCAAAGAGCCAAAUGAGGAACAAAUUUCCAUUAUGGUUUCUUUCGACACCUGGUUCAGUACAAUUUCAGAGAGAUUGAAGAAAUAAGAGGAAUGCCUUCGUAAUCCCACCCCGAGUGGACAUGGAUAAGUGGGAAGACUCCUUGCUUUACAGACUAGAGCAUAUAGAUCAUGCUAAAGAACAGGAGAAAGAAUUCAGAGCAGAAUUGAGAAGGAGAAAGCAGCAACUACAAUAUCCUCCUGCUAUAAAACAAGAGCAUGAAAUACCUCCUCAGACUGCAAUGAAGCCUAUCCAUCCUAAGUAUAUUGAUCAGAAAGAUCGGAAUAGAGGAAGAUCUGUACUUCCUCAAGCUAAGCCUGCUCCUAUAAAUAUCCCUGAAUCUGUUAAAGAUCUCCAUCUGAGAUCAGUGAGUGUCCAGCCACGUAGAAGAUCUAAGAGAAAGUUUGACCUCGGCAAUCUCAAAAAGGAGGUAUCUUUAUUAAAACGUAAAAUUGCUGAAGAUCCAGAACCCAAACUACAAAUUCCAAUCUCUGAAGCAAGGAGCUUAGGGCUCAGUGUCGAUGUACUCGUGCAGAUCAUAAACGACUUCAACAACAGAGCUUCAUUAAUAGCCACAUCUGCCUUUGAUAAUGUGUAUAAUAGGAGACAUAGAAAGCCAGAAGAGAGGUCUUCUUAUGCUAAAAUUAACCCACUAGUCUACUCAGACCCAAUUAAAAAGCUGAUCGCCAAGAAGAUAGACGAGCAAGUUAACUCCACCGAUGAGGAGAAAUCUUGUGAUGAUAACCGUACAAUCAUUGAAAAUGAUUCUGAUUUAAAAGAAGCACUUGUUUUAGUCGAUAAGAUGAAUAAUUUAGGCUUCGAUACAAAAAAUAAUACUUGUGAGGGAGACUACCUUAGAGUCACCUUUGAGUCUCCUGAGCUAAGAAAAACAGUUGAUACAAAUAUUAAUUUCGCAAGCAGAACUAUUAAAGUGAUCAGGGAUGACAUUCCUCACAAUAGAGUUAUAAAAGUGUUCACAUUCCCAGAGUUCUUAGACAGAAUGCACACUGCUCUUGUUUCAUUCAGAAGAAAUCCUCGAAGACUAGGUUCUCGCAGAGCUCCUAGUAGGUCCCCUGUUAAUGUAUUCAUGAGGAGGUAGAUUGAGAAUAUUAACUAUGACUUAAAAAUAGCUUACACAAACUAAAAUUUGUAGGUUCAACCUUACACCAU